AUGAGUACUAGCAACGGCAGGGGUGAAAGGAGUGGAAGUAAUGGUGAAAAGGAUGGCGGGAGUGGCGGCGACGGCGAGGGAGGCCGCGGAGGCGACAACGAGGGCCAUCCCGCCGGUUCACAUAGUGGCUACGUCAGUAUCCCGCGUUCGUUUGACGCCCGCGUGGGCACGGGACCGCGCCCGAAGGCAGAUGCGGAACUUCGACGUCAUCAGGCCGCGGGCGCCUGGCACCCCCUGUGGCGAGCGCGCGUUUGUCCGAAACAAGAGUCCACCGAGAAAAUGUCCGUGCGCUUCUUGGCCGCCACGCUUACCCCGCUCGGGUUACUCAUACUAGAACCGGCCUCAUCAGGCGCCGGAGGCUGCAUCUCACGUUCCGGGGGGCUCGCGCUUGGGACCAGGUCACGCGCCCGUUGGGGCGCGCUCCUUGGGCGUGCGAGGUUUGGGCGCCCGCGCGUCGUUCUUCGGCCGACGCCGGGGGCAGGUGGGGGAGUAGGCGGGAUGCGCGCCUGCGCAAACCAUGCACUUCGCCACAUGGACGGUGGGACCCGGGCGCUUGGCGAGCGCCUCGUGGUGGUGGGUGUGGUGCGACCCGGCACAGAAGCCGCACGCGGGGGCCGCGCGGCACCGGACGGCCGCGUGCCCGAACUGUUGGCAGUUCGAGCACUGGAGGGGGCGGUCGGGCACGCGCGCGAGGGUGCACGCGCGCGGGCCGAUGUCGAACAGAAGCCGCGACCCGUUAAGGGCGCGCAGCGUCUUGAAGUCCUCAUCGUCGAUGACGUCGACGAAGAGGGUGGCGGUGGUGGCGUCCGCGGCGUGGGGGCCCCAGCGGACGGAGGUGGUGGUGUCGGGGAGCGCCGCGCGGCCGUCGGACCAUGCGGUGUCACCGGAGCGGUGCACAGCGUCCCGGAGGACGUCGAGGGGGAGAGGGCGACGGGGGCGCCGGCGUCGUCGAAGCACCGAUACCCGGUUGACGUACCGGGAGGCGCGCAGGGGGUUGCAGAGGAGGCGGCCGAGGGCGUCCGCGAGGGCGGAGGCCUGGGCGUCCCACGUCAUGGGGGCGUCACGGGGGCAGAUCGCGGGGACGACCGUCCACCGCGUGCGCGCGGGGUUGGAGGAGAGGCGGUCGAUUUUGAAAUCGACGGCCCGGCGGAGGACCUCGAGGGCCUUGGCGUCGCUCGACCACACGGGGGCGUGGGUGAGGUCGUGGGCGGCGUGGAGGUAGACCAGCCGGGCGGACCCGGCUGGGCGGCGGCGGCGAAGCGCGGCCAACGUGUUUUGAAGCGCCGUCGGCGCGGCCUUGGCCGGGGCGACGGGGGCGGUGGCGGGGGCGGGGCAGGGGCCGUGGGAGCGGCGGCUGCCGCGGGGCGCGCGACGAAACCCUUGCGGGCCGCGCCGGUCACCCCCUUCCCCUUCCUCUUGGCGCCGGCGCGUGCAACCGUUGCCCAUGUGGGCGCGGGGACGCUGGCCGGGGCCGCAGGGCCGGGGGCAGGUUGGGUCGGGGCCCCGAAGGGCCUGGCUGGAAGGGCCGCGACGCCAGUAGGCACAGCGGGCGUGGGAGCGGGGGGCACGGGGUUGGCCACGGGGGCAGCCUCGAGGACGGGGGCAGGCGGGGGGGAGGCCGGAGGCGCCGCCUGGAGGGGAGGGGCGGGGAGGGGCGCAGUCGGGGGGAGCUCGACGGGGGCGACGUCCAUGGCGUCGGCCGCAGCCGGAGGGGGAGGGGGGCGGCCGCGCGGGCAACCUGCUCACGUCCAUGGCCAGCACACACUGUGUGGUGUUCUGGCCCCAGAACUGGGCGAGGGCGUCGCCGGACUGGCCGGGCGCCUUGUUGAAGAGGUUGGAGGCCUCCGCGAAGUUGGACUCGUUGAUGGGGCCAAGCCGGAGCGCGACCCCAAACAGGUGGAGGAGGAGCUCUCGCACCGUGGGCGUGGCAGGAGCUGCAGGGGGAGGGGGGCAGGAGCAGGAGUAGGGGCGGGGCCGGGGUCCGGCUCUUGCGGCGGCGGGAGGGGCGUACGGUGA